CGGAUACGUGCCGAACGACGAAUACAAAUCCGCGUAGAUUUCAUAACCCGAACGGAAAUACGCUGCGACGAGCACUUUUUGCAGGCGCGCGGGCGGAUAUCGAACGCUCGGGGACGUAAAACAAUCGUCGGCGACGUAUCGUUGCUGUGCCGUACCGCGCAGCAACUUCCAGCGGCCCCGUUGCACCGAGAGCAGCACCAAGCUCUCCAGAGCCACAAGCUCUCAGACAGAAACACUCGCGCAGAGUAGUUGCACGCGCAACGCAGGGCUCUCGGAGGAGCGCCAGCAAGAAACCACUGCAAGCGCCAGCAAGAAACCGCUGCAAAAAUGGCCUCCAUCCCCACGAACACCGCGCGCACGGCGCCGCUCGACACUUCCGUCAAGCUCGGCGCGGCGCAGCAGCGCGCUUUGAAAGAUUUGGUAGCCAUGGGCUUUGGCAAACAAGCGUGCAAGGAAGCUUUAUUGAGGACGGGCACGACGUCCAUGGACCGCCUGUUAGCUGCUUUGACAGGACCAGAGGAGCCUCCUCCUAGGAAGCGCGACGCGGCGGGCACGCCGAAAGCCGUGCCAAGACCUAGACCAAGGCCGACGCCGCAGCGGCGCGCCCCGCCUACCGCGGCCCCGAAGGUCGGCGCGCACCUGAAGCACGGCGACGUCCGCGGCGUCGCGUCCAAAGUCUACACGAAGGGCAACGCGCACACCUGGAUCGACUUGAAGACGACGACGGGCGACGUGAUUGAGGUGCGGAGCACGCAGGUCGAGAGCAUUGAGUUAAGUGCGGAUGAGGUCCUCGCGUGUAGUAAAGAAAUGGCGCCAGAUGAUUGGUUAAGGUUGAGGGUCGAUGGUUUGGUCAAGCUGCCUUCUCGUCAAGGUGUUAUUGGCAAUCGGUUCACUGCUAGCGAUGGCAGUGAGAAGCGCCAAUUAGUAGUCGAGGGCUCUAUUAUAAGAUGCGCGUUAUGCGAAGAGACGACCUGGGAUUUAGGAGGCGACGUCCACCGGAAUUGGCACGCCGCCCAGCACUCGAUCAAGUCGCAUUGUGGCCACUUUGCGUCUUGCCGGAGGGGCAACGCGCACGUCGAGGCGCUGGAGAAGGUAUCUGGAAAGGAAAUAUCGAUGGAAGGCGCACCGGUCAAGUGCGUGAAACGGCGUCCUUUUUCGAGCGGCGCGUCGAUGGCGUGAAGCUGGCCCGUAUCCAUGGCUGGACGCCGUCGACGCGGCGCACCGCCGGAGACCGCUCGCCCGCGAGAGAUCGAAACGUCGACGCGACUCGCAGGUCAAGGGCGUCGUCGUCGAGUCGACCGGCGAAGCGCGCGCGCGUCGUGUCCCAGACCCGACGGAUGAUCGGUCCGAAGAACCGCCCGGCCUCGGCGCGGCCGGACUCGCACCUCAAACUCAACACGGCCUUGCAUCAGCUCCACCCGGACUUUGACGGGACGAGGAAAUUCCCGAGAGGUAGAGGCAUCAUGCCCUCGUUCUUGCUCGAGAACAUUGAUGGCAACGACGUCACGAACGAAAACCACGAGGCCUUCGAGCAGUUCGUCGUCUGCUGGCUGUUUAACGAGAUCAUUCCUCGAACCUGCCGGGUUCCUGGAAAAGUGGAUGCGAAGGGGGUGAGCGUGGAAGUGGAUGAGACGAAGCCAUCCAUUAGAGUGUUGGAAUUGGGCGGCGGCAUCGGUGCGGUGAGCACGAUGAUCCAGCAGAACCUGCAGAUGGUCGAUUCUGACGCGCCGCACGUCGUCGUCGAGCCCAAUGCGUUGUUGUCAGACGGUCCGUUACUGAGGAAUCGCCUGCGGCACGGUUCGCGCUUCGAUGUGAUCAGAGGAGUUGUGUCCUCCAAGGACAAAGUAGCAUUUGGGCUGGGCGACAUCAACCCGAACCACCCGCGAGCCUGGAUGUGGGGCACUAUUGAUGCGUCGGCGUCGCGUAAGGUCGAUGUCAGGGGCGCGCCGCUGUCCGAAGUCGAGGAUUUGUUAGGUGGUGCUCCCACAGUGUUAGUCGCCGACUGCGAGGGCGGCCUCAUUUCACUGUUAGAGGACUACCCUCACAUAAUUGAUGAGGUCGUGGCCAUCUACUACGAGAGAGAUCCUCCUGGUGAUUAUACGGCGUCCGAAGCGCUGCUUGCGGCCAAGGGCUUCGUGCCGGUUUUGAUUGCUUCCUUGCACCGCGUCGUGGUCCGCGAGAGCGCGCUGCCGCGGCCUGUGUCGACCGCUGCUGCGGCGGACUCGACGACGGCGGACGCGACCAUGGCGGACGCAGCGCCGGCGCCGGCGGCCGCUCCGACCGCGGCCGCGACGGCCACGCCCGCGAUGGCUGAAGCCGUGGCAGCGCCGGCGCCGGCGGCCGAGGCGGCCACGCCCGCCGCCAAGGCCAAGGUCGAGCCGCCGUCGCCGUCGCCGUCGCCAACGUUGUCCUCCUCGACGGAUGAUAUUGAAGCGCGGCGCGCGGCCGUCGUCGCGCGCUACGCCGCCGAGCUGAGCAGUCUCGUGGCGGAGAAGGACAAGCAAGCCAAGCAAUUAGAAGGUCUGGUGACAGAGACGCGGGCGCACGCCCAAAAAUACGGUACUGUAAACAAGGAGCUCGAGGCCGCCCUACUCGAAUUUAUUGAGGACCACGCGGAGCCCGCUUUACGAGCCGCGCGCCGCGCGAAGAAUGCGGUGGAAGAGGCGUCCCAAACGACCACGAUGACACGGCGCAAACUCGCCGAGAACUCGCGAGUGCUGUGCGGCUGGCACGACGACGCCUGGAGUGACGACGAGGCUCUCGAGUGGUAUCCGGGCUGCGCGACGCCGUCGAACCCCAUGGACGCGGCCUGCGACGUGUACGAUGUGGUCUUCGACGAUGGCGACGGCCGCGAACGAGUAAAGAGGGAGGAGCUGCGGUCGGUUUUUGUUCCUGGUGCUUUUGAUUGGGCGUCGCCUUUUGUGGAGGAGGAUGACGAGGUCGAGGAGGAGGCGGUCGAGGUGGAGGACUUUCCCCUACUGUCAAACGAUGGUGUGGAAAUUCUAGAAGCGUUGCGGCUGCCGCCGGCGCCGCCCAAGAAGGGCGCUAGGGUGCGCGGGCGCUACAAGCACGAGGGGGCCGAGAAGUGGUUCCAUGGUAGUGUGGUGGGCAUCACGUGCCGGCGCGGGCGCAGCAUGUUGCUAUUAGUGCGCUACGACGGCGAGGACGAGGCGGUGGACGAGGCGUGGCCGUCCGACGACUUGGAAGUCCUGGCGCCCGAGGAGGACGUCGUGGCCAUGGCGGUCGAGCCUGUGCCCGUCGCGGAGCCCGCGGCCGCCGAGGCCGCGCUGCCGCCUGCCGAGGAGGCGCCCGCCGAGGAGGCGCCCGCGCUGCCGCCCAAGAAACGGGGGCGGAAGGAGCCCAAGCCCGCCGCCGAGCCCGCCGUCGAGCCGUCCAAGCCCGCCGUGCAGCCGUCCGCGGCCGAGCCGUCGUCGGCCUCGGCGCCGCCGGCCGAAUCAAGAAAGCCGUCGCUCGCCGAGAUGGCCACGGCGGCGGCGCGAGCGGCUAGAGAAGAGGCGGCGGCGGCGCCGCCGGAGGGCUCGGACGACUCAGACGACGAGCCGAUCGGGCUGGUCGCCGGCCCGAGGGUGUAAACUAGUCUAUCUUCGCGUA